UAGCCUGCACUUUUCAGAGCUACACCCCCUCCUGAAGCAGCAAGAGGCUUGCAGUCUUUCUCUCCGCAGAGUGGAUACUACAGUCCGGACAGAGAUACACGCGAGAAGGGUCAAAAAUAAAGUGCAGACCGCAAUGGGGACGAGCUGAGCCGCAGGAAAAAGGAUAACGAACGCUUAAUUUGCCCGUAUGGCGUACAAUAUGCGGGGAUAACGCACGACAGUUUUAGCACGCGACGCUCCGCGGCAGUGAUUUUAGAUCAAAAGACGUAAACGACCAGCGGUCGGAAGUACCUGAGAAAUACCUGCAGUGUUUCGCUGAAACGUUAGCCUCGACUUGGUGCAAACAGCAGUGACAUUGAAAGAUUGGGGGAGACAGAGAGGAGAAAGUUUAUAAAGCUUGGCGCAGACACAGCGGUUAAACAAUGCGGUUGACCCCGACAAAGUCCCUUUCAUCAGCAGCCCUGCUAAUCCUGCUGGUUGUCCGCUGGUCCGACAGCAUUUCACUGUCUCACCAAGAGGCAAACCAGUUUCUGAGCAGACACCGGAGAGCAAAUCAAGUUUUUGAGGAGACGAAGCAAGGGCACUUGGAGAGGGAAUGUGUUGAAGAGAAGUGCACCAAAGAGGAGGCCAGAGAAGUGUUUGAAAACGACCCAGAGACCGACUACUUCUAUCCAAAGUAUUUAGCGUGUGUGGAGAAGUUUGGUGAUGCUGAAAGGAAGAAGCAGGAUCUGAUUACAUGUGUCCACAAUAUUCCAGACCAGUGCUCUCCACCCCCCUGUAAUCCCAGAGGUACGGUGCGCUGUGAGGACAAAAAGGGCGACUUCCUUUGUCACUGCUUCACAGGCUGGACUGGAGCCACUUGUGAGGAAGAUGUCGACGAGUGCACCAAGAGAAACGGAGGGUGUGACCAUGAGUGCAACAACACCAUGGGCAGUUACCGCUGCUCCUGUCACCAGGGCUACAUGCUGGUGGGACGCCACAUGUGCAAUGACGUGGACGAGUGCGAGGACCCAGGCGUUUGUGGAACAGCGCGGUGUGAGAAUAAAGAGGGAAGCUACGAAUGCUUGUGCAAUGCCGGCUAUUCCUAUGACAAUGAAACCAAAACCUGUGUCGAUGUGGAUGAGUGUGUGACAGGUGUGUGUGCGGAGGAGUGUCUGAACACUCCGGGGAGUUUCCGAUGCUACUGCGAUGGUCGUCAGGGCAUGAAGCUGAGCCAGGACCUCAGGAGCUGUAAGCCCCUGACUCCCUGUAUGUCACCAUCUCUGAAAAAAAACUCUCGAUCUCUCUACCUUGGCCGCAUGUUCAGUGGUGUGCCGGUGGUGAGGCUGCGUUUCCGCCGAAAGAUUCAAACUGGCUUUUCAGCUGAAUUUGACUUCCGCACCUACGACCCUGAAGGGGUGAUAUUCUUUGCUGGAGGUCAUCUUAACAGCUCCUGGAUUGUGUUAGCAAUGCAUCAUGGGAAGUUGGAGCUACAGUUAAAAUAUGGCACAGUAAGCAGGGUCACCAGCAGCGGGCCUGUCGUCAACGAUGGCCAGUGGAGAAAGAUCUCAGUGGAGGAGCAGGGGCGGAGUCUAGUUAUUAAAAUUGACAGAGAGGCUGUGAUGAAGAUUGCAGUAAACGGUGAUCUGUUCACACUAAAGAAGGGGAUGCAUGAGCUCAACCUCACUGUGGGAGGAGUCCCCUUCAGAGAAGACGGCCUUGUCAAUCAGGUGAACCCACGUCUGGAUGGCUGUAUGAAGGAGUGGAGGUGGUUGACGGGAGAAGAUACAUCCAUACAGGAAACCGUUCGUGCCAAUGAAAACAUGCAGUGUUUCAGCACAGAGGAUCCUGGAGCGUAUUACCCCGGCACAGGCUUCGCUCUCUUCAACAUCAGCUAUGAGUCACAGAAUCUGAGCGUCCGGUUUUUCCUACGUCCAACCUCUGCUAUGGGAGUGCUGUUUGCACUUGUUUACCAGGACAGAGUCCCUCUCUCCAUUGCUCUGGCAGACUAUAAUCCCCUCACUGAUGAAUGGCGAGAUUUCAUUCUAGUGUCUGUAGAUGAUGUUAUCAUUGCCAGCUCUCCUGCACCCCUGUGUGAUGGAGAGAGUCAUGAAAUCCAGGUGACAGUCUCAAACAACCAAACCCAGCUGCUGGUUGACGGGCGCCCUGGGCGUAGUGAAGACGCUGAAGUUCCUGUUGAUAUUCUGUCACAGUCAACCACCUUUAUAGGAGGCAUACCAGACGUUCCUCUGGUGUCCACGCUGGUAUCUGCUUCCUAUAGCGGCUGUAUGGAGGUCAGUGUAAAUGGACGGUCCCUGGACUUGGACCAGGCCAUUCACAAACACAACGACAUCCGCUCACACUCCUGCCCCCUGCUGGACUCUCUCCAGUGACAGCAACCAGUCUGCCAAAACUGAUCCAUUAGCAGUUCUUUGAGGCAAUGAGAAUAAUUUCCAACAUAUUUAUAAAAGUUUUUGACCAGUGGGGAGAUGUUUUAGAUUGGAAUGAAAAAAAAAGCUUGACCCGCUAUCAUUGUGCAGCCAGAGCCUUAGCCCAGGACCCUGUCUUUUUACUGGGAUGACACUGCUGCCUAGAGGCACAAGCAGGGAAUUUCACAGUACUGUAAAUCAACCAAUAAGCAACACCUCUACUAGGCAGAAGAUAUGGGAAUAAAUGCUGCUCAACAUUGCCUCAAAAACUGCCCAUGUAUCACAGCCUUGUUAGCCCAUAAGAACACACAGGGCCUUAUCUAGAUCAGUGUCAAAACGGUUGGUCUUUAGUCAGCCUAUUAAACACCUGGUAUCCUGUGCUUAAAUGCAGAAGCGACUGGAUUUUAGUAGGCAAAGCUGCGUUCAUAUUGCUUACAUCCAGUUUACCUACAGUAAGGCCCGUGCUCACAAAUCUCGAAAUAAUCAAGUGCUUGUUUUGAAUCCAUCAAACUGACAAAAGGGGACCAGACAGGUAGUCUAACAUCAGCUACCUGACACAGAGAUGUUGAAAUAUGUCCUCACAUCUGCUUGAAUGAUUUAGGGGUUGAUUAAAGCAAUAUUAUUUUUCCCCAAAAAGUUGAAUCCCUUGCAGGGAGGCGUGGUAUCAGGCACACUUUGUGUUCUGAGAAAAAAAAAACCUUGCACAUAGUUGCAGGUAGAAAUGGACUGUGUAAAGCUAUUUUCUUGAUUUCUUCUCAACUGAAGCAGCACUCCAUGUCUGCCUGCAACCUUAAAAAUCAACCAUGUGCCUCCAAAGAACAACUAACCCAAACUUAUAACAGCUUCCCUCCAGACAGGUGAAUCAUGUCACAAAGGUGCAGUACUGUAACACACAAGCAGAGCUAGUGCUUCUCUUAAUAAUAUCUUGUACUCGCUGCAGUAAAUACACUAUGCAUUCAUCUGUGGAGUAUUACAGUCUUGUUAACAACUGACUGAUCGUUCAAUAAUCUUCAGUCACUGAUCUCGUCACAAAGGCCCCUUCUUUCCCUCAGAAUCACCCACUCACAGUUAAAACCUGCCAUAAAGCAAUCUAAGGAUGAUAAUAAGUCACAGAAGCACAGGGACAAGAGGAGGGGCCCUCUCUGUAUAGGGGAGACAGUGAGCACUGCAUCGAACGCACCACACAAGCUACUGAAAGUAAAAAAAAGAGUGCGCUGUAAUAUACUGAACAUGUAAAUAACGUGACUGUACAAUGCUUUUUAGAAGACAGAAAACAAACACUACCUUAUGCUCAUCAAGGUUUUCUGCACACUUCAGUUAAUCCAAAGUCAAACUGUAAUCCAAGUCUCUCAACUUCAUCUGCUUUCUUAUGGAAAAAAAAAUAAGCUUGAGCGCCAAAAUCAAUGAUUGUUUUAAUGAAAAGGAAAUUGGAGGACUGUGAGAGCAAACGCCAGGUAUCAAAGUAUCAUAAACUUUUAAUAACUCUGUUUUUAAUUUGAUUUUAUAGGUGCUAGCAAAUCAAAACACAAUAAAAAGAAUGUCAGAGGAGCAUUGUGAUUGAAUGCCAAAGGGCUCCAGUGUUAUUUUUCCUUCCCUCUGUGAUGUAUCAUUUCUAGUUUUCUGAUGAGUGAAUGCCAGAUUAUAGAGCUUGACAAUUUACUGUUUGUUUUUAUCUUGUGUUGUAUAUUGAACUUUAGUUUUUAUUUUUCACUUUAACUGCCAGUAUGUGUACAAUGCUGAGAGGAGUCUGCUUUUGAGUUGAAACUUUUCUCAACAGUGAAAAUCCUAUUUAAAAACAAAAAAUAAAAGCAGUUGUAUGAACAUCAUAGAGUAAAAUUGUAUUUUCAAAAGAAAUACUUUUGUAUGCUGUGUGGUUCUGUUAAAACAUAAACGUUUUAUGUGUUG